CGUGUUCUCAUUAACCAGAGAGCACGGGUUGCGGUUGGGGGAACAGGCCACCUUGCCAUGACUAGGCAGAUUUGACAAAUACCCCCAAGCCUGUUAAAGGGUUAAUAUUGGGUUGCUGGGGAGUUUUGUAUGUUGCUAAAUUCAGGGGAGGGGUAGAGUCUAUAAAUAUAGGGAGCCAGAGGUUGGACUUCCUCUUGGCCGUUUUGCUUUCGGAUCAGGAGCUGCUUUGAGACGGUUGUACUGUUUUCUUACUUUUGAUUGCUGGGGCCUAGUUUGGUGUCCUUUUCCAAUUGUCCUGCCUUAUUUAAUUCCCUUAAUCUAUUUGAUUCCCCAUCCCAUUCCCCCUCCCCCGUACCUCCCCACCAUCCCCUAAAUUGUAUUCGUUUUAUUUAGGUCCCUUCUCAUUUAUAAAGGGGAAGGGGCCUAUAGCAAGGCUAGAGGGUGGGUUCCCCCCCCCGGCCUGCCAGGCCCGGCCUUGGCUUAGGCUUCGGGAUUUCCCCCGGAGUUCGGGGCGCCCGCUCCCGGCUUCCCGCUGCGUCAGGGCCUGGCUUUCUUUUCGUUCUUAGUAAACGAACAAAUCAAAGCUAAACAAUCUCCCCCCCAUCCGCCCCAUCCCCCCCCUUGUGAGCCGCGCGGGCCUAAUUGGGGUCCCGCGGAGUCCCGAAGCCCCUUCCCUUACCUGGAGGUCGUCCCCGUAUAUUCUAGGCCUUUCGCGGCUCCGGAGCGCCGCUGUGGGUUGGAUCCUUCCCGGCUGCUACCGGGGCUGUGAGGGGAGGGCGUCCUAGUGGGCCGCGUGGCCUGAGCGGCGCUGAUCGCGUGGAGCUCGCGUCUGGCUCCGGGGCGUCAAGGGUCCGUUUUUAGGCCCACAGGGGCGCAGGAGGCGCCGCCGGGGAGUUACCGGCGCCUGGCCUAGUAGGCCGCUCGGCGCGAGCGGCGCGGGAGGGCGCGGCGGGUGCCCGGCUCAGGCGGGUCGGCGCGGCGGAACCGGCGCGAUCGGCGUGGGGGGGCUAGGCCCUUGGUUUCCUGGCCUUCCCCCAUUCUUCCGCCGUGCGGAGCACCGGGGCCGCUUCCCUGGGAUCGGGGGUGACGGCCCGCGCCUCUGCCCGCCAGCGCAGCUACAGCAAGCACCGCGAGAGGAGAAUUCCUCGUGGUGGCUGCUGUUCCUCCUGAUUAUUCCCCCUGGUGGUCAAGUUAAUAAUUGCAGCUAGACUCUAGGCUGGGAGCUCCCCCUGGUGGCUCAACCCAGCAUUACAGCUGUUGUGUGAGCGUGGGGACUGUCGGGUGCCCCCUGCUGGAGAAGCGGGGAAUUGCAUCUAAUAAUUUGUUUAAUCCACCAUUGGUUUAAUAGGCAUUGAAGUAAUAAAUAAUAAAAAAUAAUAUCGGAUUAAAUAAAUUAAUGAUUUAAAUAGAUACAUUUUAUUUAGAUAAAUAGAUAAAUAGAUAGACAGAUAGAUAGAGAGAUAGAUAAUAUAGAUUGCCUUGGAUAUUGGACGUUGUUGCUUUAGUAAUUAUUUUGUUAUUUAUCCGGCAUUUUGCAGUAUUGUUGCCUUCUCUGGAAUUCAUUAUCUGUUUCUAUUAGCGACGCCAGGUUGUGGCGUUUGUUAAUUCUCUUUGAUUUCAUAUAGCAGGUAUGGCUCCCAAGAAGGUUGCUGCUCGUCCCGGCCCAGCUUCUGGUGCAAAGCGGCCUAUUAGGGGUCCAUCGCAGGCGCUUCGCUCUCCCGCCCCGAGACAACCCGCGGGAAGGGUGCAAACGUUGGUGGAAAGUAUGGCCGGCAAUCCGGCGGCUUUGUCUCGUUUCGCAGCCCAGAUGGAUGGCCUCCUUCAACACUGCUCUGCUCAGCCUUCCACGUCUGGCAGGCGUCCUCGCCAUGUGGUGUCGUCGUCCCCAGCGUCGCCGUCAUCUAGUGAAGAUGGGAGAGACGGAUCAUCUAAGGGUUUGAGGACUGAUUCCCAAUUAGCCCAGCCCCGCGACUCACCUGUUCCUCGGGGCCGUUCACGGAGGCCACGGAGUUCCUCCGGGAGGGCUGCGAGGAGCCAAAAUGUUGUAGCAGCUUCCGCCCGCCGAGGUGUGCACAUCCAAUCUUCUGACGAGGUGGCGUCGGGUUCCGGUCUCUCACUUGUUGUUUCUCCUCAAGCAGCUCCAGGUGCAGCACAGCUGAGCCCUGAUUCUGAGGCUUCCGUUGAAGAUAGCUUGCCAGUUCCUGCCAGGAGGUCUUCGGGCGGGAAGCGUCGCCGCAGAAGGUCUUCCCGGAAACGUUCCAAGCGAAGAAGGGCCGAAUCGUCUUCUUCGUAUACUGGUCUGGCGGCUGUUCGCAUCUGGUUGGUGGGACAUAGCAUCAUCCAUUGGGCUCGUGUCGCAGCAAGGCAGUCCGGAUUGGGUCCAGGUCUCGGCUUCCCUCCACAUGUGCAGUUGUCGUGGGUGACCAGACGGGGUAUGCGCUGGUCGGAGUUCCUGCCGAGGAUUCGGAGCCAGUUGCUCUUGGAAGGGCCACCCUCGGCUAUUGUGGUACAGUUGGGUGAGAACGACCUGGUAUCCGUGGACUGUCUCUCACUGCGUGCUGCAAUUUUAAGAGACUUGGAGACGCUGCGAACCUUGGUGCCGUCAGCUAAAUUAUUUUGGUCUAAGCUGCUGCAACGCCGCAGCUGGGUGGGCAGUUUUUGCCCUGCAGCCACAGAAAGGGCCAGAAAGCGUAUCAAUUCUGCGGUGGUUAAGAAGAUUUUUGAGUUGGAUGGUGAUGUGAUUUCCCAUCCGGCGAUACUGUUUCAAGCUACGCCCCUUUUUAGGGAUGAUGGGGUGCACCUUUCUGCCGCGGGGAACGAGGCUUGGCUAGGUGCAGUGGUGGCUAAGCUAAGGGCUUGGCUGGGGGUGUGAGUGGUUUGGCGGUGAGCUUGAGGCUCCAUGGCGGUUAGGCAUUGGUUAAGGUGGUUCUUGGAGGGGUAAG